AUGGCGUCGCGUCGUCAUCUUCAGCACGCGGUCCCCGUGCCGGCCCUCCGCCGCCUGCUCGCCGCGUCCACCGCGCCGGUGGUUCCGCAGGCUGCACCCGCAGCGGCAGCGGCGGCGCUGCAUGUUCAGUCGGCCGGCGGACACGCGCAUGCGGUGAAUGCGCAAGCUAAGGAGAUCCGAUCCGCAUCGUACACUUCCAGCAGCAUCAGCUCCCCGCUCAUUCCCGCUUCCGCCCGUCCCGCUUCUUCCGCCUCCGCCGCCAAGCCUUCCGCUCUGCUCGAUCCCCGCGCGCCAUCUGCGCACCAUGCAUCCGCGUGCCUGUCGGGAGUGGCCUUCCGCUGGAAGUCUGCGCGCAAAUACUCCGCCGCCGCCGCCGCCGCCUCCGCCUUUCCGCCCCACCAGCCUGUCGCCAUGCCCUCGCUCUCCCCCACCAUGACGCAGGGCAACAUCGCCAAGUGGUGCAAGGCGGAGGGCGAGCAGGUGAACGCGGGCGACGUGCUGUGCGAGAUCGAGACGGACAAGGCGACGCUAUCAAUGGAGAGCAUGGAGGACGGGUAUCUCGCCAAGAUCCUCAUGCCCGAGGGCUCCAAGGACAUUCCCGUUGGCACUCUGAUAGCAGUGAUGGUGGAGGACAACGCUGACCUUCCCAAGUUCGCGUCCUUCACGGCUGCUGACGCCGGUGCCUCCGCGCCCCCUGCCGCCCCCGCUGCCCCUGCCGCUCCCUCCGACGCUGGCUCGUCUGCUCCCCCCUCAGAUCUGCCGCCCUUCCAUUCGCUCGCCAUGCCAUCGCUCUCCCCCACCAUGACCCAGGGCAACAUAGUGCGGUGGCGCAAGUCAGUGGGAGACGCACUGGCAGCGGGCGAGGUGCUGUGCGAGAUAGAGACGGACAAGGCGACGCUGGAGAUGGAGGCCAUGGAGGAUGGCUUCCUCGCCUCCAUCCUCGUGCAUGCCGGCGCCAAGGACGUUGCUGUCGGCACGCCCAUCGCCAUCAUACGAGUGGCGGAGCAGAUGCAGCUGUCCAUUCAGACGGUGCCGCACUUCUACCUUUCUGCUGACGCUCCCCUCGAUGCUGCUGCCAAGGUGUUGGAGCAGCUGAAUGCAGCAUCUGAUGUGCAGGUCACCUCCACCGCUCUACUCAUCAAGGCAGCAGCAUUGGCAUCCAAGAAGGUUCCUGCAUGCAACAGCUCCUGGGGUGGCGACUUCAUUCGAGAGUACUCCGAUGUGAAUGUGGCGAUCGCUGUCUCCACACCUGACGGCACUUUGUACCCAGUCAUCAAGGCGGCCAACACCAAGGGCCUGGCCCAGAUCGCUUCAGAGAUCCACCGCCUCUCCACUGCAGCCUUGGAGAAAACUCUCUCCGAAUCUGACCUCCAGGGUGCGACCUUCACAGUGUCAGAUGUGAGUGGAGCGGGGCUCAAGUCUCUGUCCGCCAUCAUCCACCCUCCGCAGUCGUGCUUCCUCACCAUCGGCGCUGCGCAAGAAAGGGUGGUGCCGGGCGCAGCAGAGGGCGAGUUUGCAGUGCAGCCCUUCGCCACAGUCACUCUCAGCUGCGACCACCGCGUUGUCGACGGAGCGGUGGGAGCGCAAUGGAUGGGCGAGUUCAAGUCGUUGCUCUCCAACCCCAUCACCUUGCUCCUCUAG